UUGCGCCCUGCCUGCCUCGCAAGGCAUCGCCUCCUCCAGUGGCGGCCGGCGGCAGGGCGUACGACUUUCACCGCCAGCGGAGAACCAUCCGGCCUCGCGGAACACGACCUCCAGCGUGUUCGCAACGUGAUGGCCAGUGCCCUCGCCGAUUCGACCACCAAAACUUACGGCGCGGGGCUCCUGGCUUUUCACGCCUUCUGCGACGAGAGGCGAUUGUCCGAGGCGCAGCGCGCGCCCGCGUCCGCAGACGUCAUGCAGGCCUUCUUGGCUUCGCUGGCGGGUAUGUAUGCGGGCACGACACUAACGAACUAUUUCUACGGCGUGCGAGCCUGGCAUCUGAUCCACGGCCUCAGCUGGGACAUGAACGAGGCCGCCACUCAGACAAUGUUCCGCGCCAUCGAACGAUUAGCUCCAGCAUCCUCGCGGCGCAAGAAGAGAGCCCCUGUCACGGAAGAGGUCAUAUCGAAGAUACGGCAGCGCCUCGACACCGGCCAAGCCAUGCACGCGGCGGUAUUCGCCUGCCUGACA